UCUUGGAAGCAGUUUCUAUAUGGACAGUUGUGUAUAGGCUUCCACAUUUAGCUGUGAUCAUAUUUGGCGUGAUUGAUUCUUCUUCUCUUGCUUGCAAUGGAUUCAGCGAGGAGCUGGUUCAACAAGCUCCAAACGAGGGAGAAAUCCAUUGGCAAGAAGAAAGAAUUGCCUCCCAAUGGCAAGGAAUCGGGCGAUGAUGCGCCAUCUAGCGCAACCAGGCAGAGGGUUGUCGCGGCCAAGCAGUAUAUUGAGAAGCACUACAAGGAGCAAAUGAAACAUCUGCAGGACAGGAAAGAAAGACGGUAUAGUCUAGAAAAGAAAUUAGCAGACGCCGAUGUAUCCGAAGAAGAGCUGCACAACAUUCUGAAGCAGUUUGAGAAGAAAGAGACGGAGUACAUGCGUUUGCAGAGGCAUAAAAUGAGCGUCGAUGAUUUCGACUUGUUGACAAUGAUAGGGAAGGGAGCAUUUGGUGAGGUCAGAGUCUGUAGAGAGAAGACCACAGGAAAUGUCUAUGCAAUGAAGAAGCUUAAAAAGUCAGAAAUGCUUCGUCGAGGUCAGGUUGAGCAUGUUAGAGCUGAAAGAAAUCUUCUCGCUGAAGUGGAUCACCACUGCAUUGUCAAACUAUACUGUUCAUUCCAAGACAGUGAGUAUCUGUACCUGAUCAUGGAGUACCUCCCCGGAGGCGACAUGAUGACGCUGCUCAUGAGGAAAGACACAUUGAGUGAAGAUGAAGCCAGGUUCUAUGUUGGUGAGACGGUCCUUGCGAUCGAAGCGAUUCACAAGCACAACUACAUCCACAGAGAUAUCAAGCCUGAUAAUCUGCUACUGGAUAAAUAUGGUCACCUGAGACUGUCAGAUUUUGGAUUAUGCAAACCGCUAGACUAUUCUAAUUUUCCAGACCUGAACGAAAAGGAUGUUACACCUGCGAAAACAGUAUCGUCUCAUAGUGAUGGGAGACAGCAGUCUAUGCCAAAGCGCUCGCAGCAAGAACAGUUGGAGCACUGGCAAAAGAAUAGGAGAACUUUGGCUUACUCAACUGUUGGUACACCAGACUACAUUGCUCCAGAGGUUCUUCUGAAGAAAGGCUACGGGAUGGAGUGUGAUUGGUGGUCCCUUGGUGCUAUCAUGUAUGAAAUGCUAGUGGGUUAUCCUCCAUUUUAUUCGGAUGAGCCUAUGACAACUUGUAGAAAGAUAGUGAACUGGAGAACACAUUUGAAAUUUCCUGAAGAAGCAAGGCUCACGACGGAUGCAGAAGAUCUUAUAAGUAAACUACUAUGCAAUGUCGAUCAACGCCUCGGUACAAAAGGGGCAGAGGAAAUAAAGGAGCACCCCUGGUUUAGUGAAGUAGAAUGGGACAAACUAUAUGAAAUUGAAGCUGCAUAUCUGCCUCAAGUCACAGAUGAGUUGGAUACUCAGAAUUUUGAGAAAUUUGAGGAGUCCUCAGAUAACGUUCAGUGUUCAGCAAAGACAGGCCCUUGGAGAAAGAUGCUUUCUUCAAAGGAUUUGAAUUUUGUGGGCUACACGUACAAAAACUUCGAGCUUGUGAAUGAUCACGAAGUCCCUGGAAUGGCUGAGCUUAAGAAGAAGGAAAAGGCGAAGAGACCCAGCGUCAAAUCUCUCUUUGAUUCGCCAGAGCCUGAAGGAGAGGAGCCGCAGCCUGACGAAGCAGCUGAAGGGAGCGUCCGGGAACCACCAGAUGCAGAGCCCGAGCUGUCGAGAAGCCUCAGCUCGGCAUCGACAUGAGACAUCUCUCACUUCCAACGCUACCUGUCAGGGCUAGUUGGUGCACGGCAUGCGUUCGUUUGUGUACAGAAGCAACAGAGACCGGAAGAAGCCCGUUCCCCGUGCCCGUGAGCAUUUUCGUCGGCAGAGUCUAGUAGCUAUAUGCUGCCAGGAAGAAAUCGAAGGGAAACACGUAUUGUUUUCUUUGUUGAUAUAUUCGCAAAUGAUGCUGCGUGCUGUUAAAUAAGUGUCCGUGCAUGAAAUCAGGGGCGGAACCAAACACAUGGUAAGAUGGGCUUCAGUUCGGACAGUAGGAAUUUUAUCGGGGUAUAUAGCUCGGAUAGUAAAAGCCUAACGCGAUGUGAUAUCUGACAUUAGUUCUAGGCUGUUAAGGCGUGACCAAAUUCUGGUUCCUCCGCUGCAUGAAAUGUACACACGAUGAUGGUGG